AUGUACGAUGACAAAGAUCCAAAGGGAUAUGGCGCCAUGCAGGAGCAUCUCAGCGGCCAAAUUGCCAUGGAAAGUUUGUUAAGUGAUUACAAAACUUUGUGUGACGAAAGAGAAGAGUUACUAAAUUCCCUUCAAGAUUCGCUUGAAUUUGACGAGGAAGAAAUCUUAAAUGAGCUGGAGGCGAUGAGCAAAAAAGAUCAAACAAUAGACAUGGAGGGCACACAGCGAGCAAUUCAGGAAACGUUCCAAACUGUGAAAGACACUACCACCAAAUUGGAGAAACUCAACAAAAGGAUGAUUGAUGAAUCGAAAAAAGGAGAAGCUACUAGGGCCUUAGAGGAAGAAAAGAGACAGUUGGAACGGGAGCUGCAGAUUCACAAAAGGAUGGCCACGCAACAAAGGAAGGAACUUUUCUCAAGAAGGCAAAGCGUUCGAAAUGAGACACAACAAUGGAAACUUGUGGCUGGUGAAAUGGUUGAAAUACUACACAUGGUGCGAAACGAGGGAAAUUUAGGUAAAACUGAGGGGAACUGA